AUGGCUUCAUCUAAUACAAGCGAUAUUCAAGUUGGUUUUGACGAAUCUCAACUAGAGAUGAGUGUCAUUGAAAAUCAAAAUACUUUACCCACCCAUGAUAAAGAAUUGAAAGAAGUUGAAAAAUUGGAUGAAGAUGACCCUAGUGUUACCAAUUUAACUGCUCAUAGAAUUGCUGAUAACACUGAACAGUCAUCUAUCGAUUCCUCUAAAAAUGAUUCAUCAAUUCUUCAGGAAAUGACUUUGGAUGAAGACAAACCAAUAAUUGUCGCUGAAUCUAUAACUGAUAGUUCUUCUUCAAUAAUCGUUCAUAGAACAACUGAUACUGGAUCUAAACAUUCGACGAGUGCUAAUUCCCCAACCGUUCCUAGCAUGACUGUUUCAAGUGAAUCCAGUAAACUUAGUCGCAGUGGGAGUGGAACGCAAAAAAAAACUCCACCUCCAAUUAAACCCAAGCCAGCAGAAGCUAUUGAAAAAUGGAAAUUAAAAAGAAUACAUCUAUCUACACCGGUAAAAGAUGAUGCAUUACAGAAAUCGAAUAGUGCAGAGGCAAAGAAGACAUUACAAAAACCAAGCCAUAUCGAGAAGGAUGAUCCCGAGACCAAAAAAUCAUUGUUUGAAGGUUCAAGUCAUAUCAAAGAGGAUGUAACGGAUAGUACAUUACAAGAUUUAAAUGGUUCAGAUACCAAAAAAACAAUAUUACAAGGUUCGAGCAAUAUUGAGGAUGCAAAGGAUAGUUUUUUGCAAGAAUUAGAUGAUCCAAGGGCCCAAGAAGCAGUAUUACAAGGUUCAAGUCUUAUCAAGAAGGAAGUAUUACAUGAACCAGAUGGUUCAGAGACCAAAAAAACAGCACAAGAUCCAAGUCCUACCAAUGAGGAAGUAAAGUAUGAUGUAUUUCAAGAAUCAGAAACCCAACAAACAAUAUUUCAAGAUUCAAGUCCUGCUAUAGAGAAAUUUAAGUAUGGCGUACUACAAGAAUCAGAUGACUCUGAGACUAGAAAAUCAUUACAAGACUCAAGUCCUAUUAUAUUAACGGGUAAUACAGAGAAUUAUUUACCAAAACAAACUUCAGAUGCAUCUAAAGAUCUAAUCUCAAAUCAAUCGGGAGUAAAAGUUACAUAUCCAAGUCAUACUGAAUUGGAGGAUAAAGUAUUGCCUGAUUCAUCACAAGAAACGAAUAAUCCAGAUUCACAAAAGCGUAAGCAGGGAGAUUCUUAUCAAACUAAUAGUAAUCAAAUCUGGAGUUUUGAAGAAAUUAAUAAACAUUUGACAAAAGAAGGCGCUUUCGAUAACGAUGCAAGUAAUGAGGCUCAACAGUCAGCGACUAGUAAUGAUGCUCAACAGUCAGCGACUAGUAAUGAUACUCAACAGUCAGCGGCUAGUAAAGAUACUCAGCAUCCAGCGGCUAAUGAAAUCAUGAGUCUUUAUGAAAUUAAAAAACAUUUGGAUGAGAAAGGUAUAGGUACUGAUUCACCCUUUUCAUCUGGCGUACCUCCUCGGCCUAUCAUUGAGGCAGAAAAUAAUAUACAGCUCCCGAAUCAAACAACGGUAUACACACCUAAUUAUCAAUUUAACAUUGGACCAGAUAAUAACCAAUAUAAUGUUGAGACAAAUAAAAAUACUCCACCUUUCACGAGUAAUCCUGUGGCAGUAUCACCUUCAAUAAGUACACCUCAAUUCAAUCAAUUUAACGUUGAGACAAAUAAAAGUAUUCCACCUUUCACGAGUAAUCCUGUGAUAAUAUCACCUACACCUCAAUUUAAUCAACCUUUCACGAGUAAUCCUGUAGCAGUACCACCUAACAUAAACACACCUCAUUUUAGCAUUGGGGCAGAUAAUAAGAUUAAGAAUCCAGUAACAACGUCAGCCGGAGUAGGCACUUCCACUUACCAAUAUAAUGUUGAGACAAAUAGACAUAUUACAUCUUUUGCGAAUAAUCCUGCCGCAGUGUCACCUAAAAUAAGCACACCUCAAUCUAGCAUCGGACCAGAUGAUAAGAUUAAUAAUCCCGUAACGACAGGCAUACCAAUUUAUCAACAAUAUAAUGUUGAAACAAAUAAAAAUAUUCCACCUUACACGAGUAGUCCUGCGAUACCACCUAAAAUAAGCACACCUCAAUCUAGCAUCGGACCAGAUGAUAAGAUUAAUAAUCCCGUAACGACAGGCAUACCCACUUAUCAACAAUAUAAUGUUGAAACAAAUAAAAAUAUUCAACCUUACACGAGUAGUCCUGCGAUACCACCUAAAAUAAGCACACCUCAAUCUAGCAUCGGUCCAGAUGAUAAGAUUAAUAAUCCCGUAACGACAGGCAUACCCAUUUAUCAACAAUAUAACGUUGAAACAAAUGAAAAUAUUCCACCUUACAAGAGUAGUCCUGCGAUAUCACCUAAAAUAAGCACACCUCAAUCUAGCAUCGGUCCAGAUGAUAAGAUUAAUAAUCCCGUAACGACAGGCAUACACACUUAUCAACAAUAUAAUGCUGAAACAAAUAAAAAUUUUCCACCUUACACGAGUAGUCCUGUGAUACCACCUAAAAUAAGCACACCUCAAUCUAGCAUCGGUCCAGAUGAUAAUAUUAAUAAUCCCGUAACGACAGGCAUACACACUUAUCAACAAUAUAAUGUUGGGGCAAAUAGAAAUAAUCCACCUUACGUGAAUAAACCUCAACCUAGCAUUGGGGUGGAUAAUGAAAAUAGUAAUUCUGUAACGACAUCAGCUGGAGUAUAUCCAUCCACUUAUCAAUCUAAUGUUGGGACAAAUAGAAAUAAUCCACCUUAUGUGAGUAAACCUCAGCCUAGCAUUGGGGCGGCUAAUGAAAAUAGUAAUUCCGUAACGACGUCAAAUCCAUCCACUUAUCUAUCGAAUGUUGGGACAAAUAGAAAUAAUCCACCUUACACGAGUAAACCUCAACCUAGCAUUGGUGUGGAUAAUGAAAAUAGUAAUUCUGUAACGACAUCAGCUGGAGUAGGCGCAUCAACUUAUCAAAUUAAUGUUGAGGCAAAUAAAUAUAUUCCAUCUUUUGUUACUAAUCCUGUGGCAGUAUCACCUAGCACACCUCAAUCUAGCUUUGGGGCAGAUAAUGAGAUCAAUCGUCCUGUGAUGACGUCAUCUGAAGUAAAACAGUCCAUUUAUCAAUUUGACCCAUCCACUACUCAUAGCAUCGGGGCAGCUAAUGAGAUUAAUAAUUCAGUAACAACGUCAACUGUAGUAGACACAAGCACUUAUAAACUUCAUGAUGAAAAUAAGAAUACCCCAUCUUUCACGACAGAAUCACCAUUAAUAACGCCUGCUGAGGUAGACACGCCCACUAAUCAAUAUGAUGUUAAAAAUAUUCAAUCUAGAAUAAGCACACCUCAUAACAUUGUGACAGAUAGUGAGAUUAAUCCUUCUCAAAAGAUUGAUCCUAAAACUUAUCGUACGGAUCCUAGCGAAUUUCGCGUUGAUUCCACAACUUUUCAACAGAGCGAACGUAUUUACCCAAACCUUCAAAUCGAUGAUGAGCAGAACACUUCAAAUUACAAUAGUCUUUUAGAUUUUAAUGCACCUUCUCCAAUUAAAGAGUUAUCAGAUGAUAAUAACACUACUAAUAUUCCAAAUGAAAGCGACGAUGCUGCCUCAGAUUAUGUCCCUGCAUCAGAAUAUAUCGAUAUUCGAGAUCUUAAAGAUUUAGAUAGUACUUCAGAAUAUAUCGAUGUUAAAAAUUUAGGUGGUUCUACUUAUGAUGAUGCUUCACUUCCAAUUCCUAAUGUUUUAUCGACAGGGGUUAAAGAAAAUGAAGGUUCCACUUCUGGUGGUCCCACACCUAUUAGUUCGCACCAUGGUAUCGGUACUCUUGAUCAUCCUUUGAGUACCGAAAAAGUACAAUCAGGGAAUAAUAGACAGACCACUUUGAAUUUUGAGGAUGCUGAUGCCAUUGAUUACCAUCUUCAACUGAGUGAUCGUUAUCAAUCUAAAGAAAAGUCCGGGGUUAUUUCCACGCUAAAAAAUGUAGGUCAAGCAGCAGCAUCACUAUUAUUCGGUAAAGAUGAAGAUAAAUAUGCAUAUGGGGAAUCUGUUCUAGUUACAUUUCAUGUGCAUUUACCACCAGGUAUUGAAAGACACGGUGAACCGGUGAUAGUGGGUAAUUGUGAAGAAUUGGGAGGUUGGAAAAUGAUUACAAUUAAACUGACACAACCACAUAGACGAGAAUAUUCAACUUAUUGGCGAUCACAUCCUAUAGACAUUCGAAUAGGUAGGGAUGAUAUUAAAUAUAAGUAUGGUAUCUUUAACCAAAGCAGGCGCAGCAUAGAUUAUGAAGGAGAGGGUGAGAUACAAAACCGCACUUUAGACACAAGAACAAAUGAUCAGUAUGACAUAUGGCAGAACAAUAAGAGUCAUGGUAUAUAUAAUCUUAGGGAGUUCGCAUUCGUUAAAUGCAUCUAUGAUGCAGUAAAUAAUGAAAACCUUAAAGAUAAGGUUAUGCAAUUCCAAUCAUUGUUGGAAAAUCAUAAGAAUCACACAAUAAAUUCCAUCACUAUCGAAUUUAUAAUGCAACGCUAUCAGGACAAAAAAGAGAAACGGCUUUUUUUGUGUGUUCUCUUAGGGUAUCAUAUCAAGUACCGUAGGGAUCCUUACAGUUUCACUUCUCAAAUGCCAACACAUUUUCGAUCUGAUUGUUUACUUGAAGCACUCCAAUCUGUUCAAUAUGAUACGUUCACAUCUAAUAUUAAACCAAUAAUGACUCCAGUUGUUGUUGCUUUAGUUCGUCAUAAUGCUACCGUAAGGAAAUCAUUUGAAUGGCUUAAGAUCUUUCAAGUAGCGCAGGUUCUUGAUCCCAAUUAUAGUUUUGUCGAUGGAUUUAUGAAUGUUCGCUAUGAUAGUGAACACAUAUCCCACUUAUUAAAGGAAUGGCCGAAAAUAGUUGGUCCGCACUUGGAUCAAUUAGAUGAUCGUGUUUAUAACAAAAUUGCCAAGUGGUUGAUUUCUUUUUGCUCAAAAAUGGAGACUCUUAAUAUAAUAUGGCGUGAUUGUAUUUAUCAUACAUCAAGUAUUGAUCGUGAAAUUGCAAAUGAAAUCAACGGAUGUGUUUAUAAAAUUAUUGCUCAUGACAAUGCAAGUGCUUUGUACGCGAAUUUUAAUAAAGUUCUCCCUGAAUUUCUGGACAUGGUUGCUAAUCUUUUCCGUGAACGAAUAAUUAAUUUACUCAAGAGUCAGCAGGGUGGUUGGGACAAAAAUAGUUUGUCAGCGCUCGGGAAACUUCUUAAAGAUAAACAAUUAUAUUUUGAAAGAGAUGAUUUUCUUAGUGCUAUGAAUUGCAUUUCUCAGUCGACGGUUUUUAAUGUAUUGAACAUGUUUCCAGAGCUUUUAGAAUAUUGGAUUAACUCUAAGUUUCACAAUACUAGAUCAUCAGAGGUUACAAACAUAUGCCAACAAUGGUUUACACGUAUCAUAUCAAUGUUGAAUUAUAAUCAUAGCAUGACAUUAAAUGAAGGGGGAAAAUUUAUAUGUGUUAUUUAUGAGCAUAUAACACGUUUGCAGUCUUUACUUACAGAUAAAUCAAAUAUUUACAAGACAUUGAUACGUGUUGCUGACGAAAAAAUUAAAAAAUGUUCACAUAAUCAUAUUCUAUUUGCAACAGUUCAAGUAGCGACGCUUAACAAAUCUAUUACCACACAGUUUUAUAAUCUGGUAAUUGAAAAUGUUCUCAUUGCUAGUGAUAUUCGAAGUAUUAAUAACAAUCUUAUGGAAAUGAUAUGUUUGAUUUGUGGUCAAAAUAAUAAAGUAAAUUUAGAAAAUUUAGAUGUUCCAAAUAGUAUUAGCGAAAACUUAUUAUGCCAUAUUAUGACUUGUUUGGAAAACCAGACAUCACAAAUUAAUACUACUGAACAACAACUGGAUCUUAUUAAGAAUGCGAAUUUCUGGCGAAUGAUUUUUAAUGCAAGAGGCAACGUUACAACUUUACAUAAACAUUCCUAUGUUACAAAAAUACGCACAGCCCUUUCUAAUUUAGCAGGUUCGAUUGUUGAUAAAACUAUCGAUAUUAAAACAUUACAAGCAAUUUUAAAAUAUGACGAUCGUCAAUUAUCCAAAUGCCUUAAUGUUGCUAAUAGUCCUAAUGCCAAAAAAACAUUUCAAAGUGUAAUUAUUUCCGAAAAUAGUAUUUCAACCGUUCGCAAAGAGUGUAAGAUAUAUGAAGACAGGUUAAGAUGUCUUAAGGCUUUUUAUAGUACUUUUUGUCCACCAGAAAAAGUUGUAGAUUCGGAUGUAUAUACUACUGAUUUAGAGGGGAAAUUAAAGAUAUUGUCAAAAGUUCAGCUCAAAGAAGCAUUAUCUUCACGUUACUGGGAGCGUCAUGAAGAUUUUAUUCAGAAGGUGGCAGAAGCAUACAAAUUUGCAAAUUCCAAAACUUUUACUAACAUGUUUGAAACACAAUUAAGUCAAAUUACUGAUGAAAUACAAGUUGAUUAUGUUAUUAAUGCUUUAAUACCUGCUGUGCGUGAAGAAUAUAUUAAAAUAUUCAAGCAAUAUAAAGAUAAGAAAUGGAGUGGCAUUAAAUAUUCUGAAGCAUUCCCUUUAUGGAAGAAUGUUGAAGAUGUAAAGAAAGAAUUGGAAUUAAUUAAUGAAGUGGUUUAUUUGGGUAGAAAUAAUCAUGAACUAGAAAUUUCUAUAAGAAACCUUACUGCUAUACCAAAAUGGGAAGAACGAAUUCAAAAAUUAUCUGCUGUUGUUGAGAUUUUUCAUGUGCCCGUUAAAACUGAGGAUUGGCUAGGAAGAUCUUUGAAAAUUUUAAGAGAAGACGUGUUAGUUUUAGGAAAGGUGGUCGAAUUUGUGAAAUAUUGUAAAGAUCAUAACCAAACUGAUAAUGAAAAUUAUUGGUCAUUGAUUAAAGAGUUAUCAUCUGCUAGCGAUCUUUUGGAAUUUCUUCAAGACAUAGCUGAAAAUGAUAUUAAGAAUUUAAUUAAUGGUGCAGAUGAUUACUCUGAUGAACGGUUAAUUCAAGCAGAUACCGUGUCAUCACUCAUUCAAGUUAAGCAGUUGGUCGUCCAAUUAAUGAAUAAAUCCAAAAAAAUUGAUGAAUUUUUGAAAGUUUUACUUAAAAUUAGUCAAGAAAAUCCAUCUUUGCCUAAUAAAAUCACUGUAUGCGCUGGCUCUAAUAUGGCUUUACAAAACAUGCUUCGGAAUAUCUCAAAUAGAGGAGAAGUGACAAAAGAGAAGAUCCAAAACGCUGUAUUAAGGGGAACUUAUACUUUUGAAAAAGAUGACAAGAGUGAUAAAUUUAAUGUUACACUAGUAUAUCAAGCCAACAAAUCUGGAGAAAUAAAACACAUUAUGUCUGAUUUACUAGAUUUACGUGGACGUGCCCUACUGAUUGCCAAACCUGCCAAUAUUAGUACUGAUCUUGAAGAGGAGAAUUCAAGAAAUAUAAUGAACGAAUUUGUAUUACAAGUAGAUACUGCUCAAGAGAUUCUUAAUGUUGGAUAUAAACUUAUCCAGAUGGGACAUUUUGACUAUAGACGAUUUAAGAAAGAGAUUAGAGGCACCGAGAAAAGGUUUGGAACUACUGAUAUGAGGGACUUGUUAACAAAGCUUAAGGAAGACUUACAUAACUGGAAACAAGUAGUAGAUGAAGCACAAGAAGAACAUUAUUACUUAACAUUUUUCCCUGCUCGUCAUAUCCUUGCCUUUUAUGACUAUUUUACAUCUGAUGUGCAAGAUGAUGUAAAUACUGAGACCUGCAGAACUCUUAUAAAAUUUGUUAAUAGUAAAGCAGAAUUACCCUCUCGAAAAGAUCGCUCAGGCAUUUCACGCAAAAACACUGAUUAUUCUCGUACACUCAAUGAAAUUGGUAAAAAACUGCAGACUAUUUUUGGAAAAUUAUUAAAAACAUCGCGUGAACUUAAAGUUAGAGGUGAACGCAUUAUUGCUGACGUUGUCGAUAAGGGUAAAUUAUGUGUUGCCUCAUGUAACGAUCAAUUACGUGUACCAAAUAUUAUUAUGAGUUUGUAUACUAAUCAUGG